AUGGAUAAGCCAGUUGAAGAUCAAGAAGUUCCACAACAAGAACAAGAGGACGUGCCUCCUCCUCCACCUGCUGAAGCCCCACAGGAGCAAGAGCAGCAACAAGAACAGGAACAACCACAAGAGCAAGAGCAAGAACAACAGCAAGAACAAGAACAACCUGCCGAGGAGAUGAACGUUGAGCACCAGGAUGCUCCUGUCCACCACGAACCAAUGCCUUACGAGUCUCAGUUCCCAGAACCACCACAACCAUACUACAACCAACCUCCACAAGGUGUGCCCACUUUCCACCAACAAGAAGGCGAAUUGUCUAACACCAGACUGUUUGUUAGACCAUUCCCUCUAGACGUGCAGGAAUCUGAGCUAAACGAGAUUUUCGGUCCCUUCGGUGCCAUGAAGGAGGUCAAGAUCCUUAACGGUUUUGCCUUCGUCGAAUUCGAAGAAGCUGAAUCUGCUUCCAAGGCUAUCGAGGAAGUUAACGGUAAGACUUUCGCCAACCAGCCUUUGGAAGUCAUGUUCUCUAAGAUGCCUGUCAAGAGAUUCAGAAUCACUCUAAAGAACUUGCCUGAAGGUUGCUCCUGGCAAGAACUUAAGGACCUGGCCCGUGAAAACAACCUGGAAACCACUUUCUCAAGUGUUAACAGCAGAGAUUUCGACGGUACUGGUGCCUUAGAGUUCCCAACUGAAGAGAUCAUGAACGACGCGUUGGAGAAGUUGAACAACAUCGAAUUCAGAGGCUCCGUUAUCUCUGUUGAGAUCGAUGACAACCCACCACCAAUUAGAAGAUCUAACAGAGGUGGCUUCAGAGGUCGCGGUGGUUUCAGAGGCGGCUUCAGAGGCGGCUUCAACGGUCCUAGAGGCGGUUUCAGAGGUGGCUAUGGUGGCCCAAGAGGCGGUUACGGUGGAAGAGGUGGCUUCAACGGUCCAAGAGGUGGAUUCAGAGGCGGUUACAACAGUGGUGGCUUCAGAGGUGGUUACGGUGCUCCAAGAGGUGGCUUUGGCCAAGGUCCUCGUGGUGGCUACGGUGCUCCUCGUGGCGGUUACGGUGGCUCUAGAGGUGGUUACGGUGCACCAAGAGGUGACUACGGCGCUCCAAGAGACUCAUACAGAACCAGAGAUGCUCCUCCACGUGAAAGAUCCCCAACUAGACAAUAA